AUGGCGAGUCGCGUCACCCGCACGGCUGUCGCCAUGACCAUCGCCGUCGCCAUCGUCGCCCUCGCGGUGGUCUCGCCUCUUCCCGUCCUGCCAGGCACCCAUGCGGCCAAGGUCUUAGCCUCUGAAUUUUCGGUCCUGCAGGCGUUGAAGCGAGAGUGGGGCGCGUUCAACGGCAGUGAGACAUGGACGUCUAGCACUGACUGUGACUUCGGUGCCAUGAAGGGCGUUGCCUGCAGUUCCUUUGGCGAGAUCUUUGCUUUGGGCGUGUACAACAAGGGUAUCAAAGGCAGCAUACCCACCGCCAUUGGCACUCUCCGUGAGCUGCAAUUCCUGGACCUGUCUGGCAAUCAGCUUACAGGCCCCCUUCCGUCGUUCUUUGCCCAACCUGGUGUUAUGAAUCAGCUGGACCUUAGUAACAACCAGCUGAGUGGCUCCAUACCGGCAGUCUUCAGUAGGUUUGGGGGCCUGCUGCAACUGCGCCUGAACGACAACCAGCUCUCAGGAACUAUCCCGGAGAACAUGCUUGCAGUCAUCGGCAACAUCAAUAUCCUUCUUCUCCACAACAACCAGCUCUCGGGAUCAAUUCCUGCCAAGCUGAACUUGUUGCAACGUCUCGAAUUGCUAAACCUGAGUGGUAACCAGCUGGAUGGAAGCGUGCCUGUUGGAUUGAGCCUCCUGACAAACCUGCAGUAUCUAGGCCUUGGCAAGAACCAGUUUGUAGGGUCUCUUCCUUCAGAACUAGCACUUCUGACCAAUCUGAAUUACUUGUACCUCAACGACAACAGCCUCGUUGGGACUAUUCCCACUGCGCUGAUGGGAUUGAAUAAACUUUCGGAGUUGUCAUUCGCCAACAACCAGCUGGUCUCCAACGAUGUGAACACAGUACUUGCUUCUUUCACCACCGUCACACUACUGGACAUCUCAAACAACCAAUUUACGGGAACCCUUUCAGCAGGGAUAAGUGACCUCACCAAUUUGGAAGUUCUGCGUAUGGGGGGAGUUAAGCUUGAAAGUGCGCUUCCUGGGGAGAUCCUUUCGCUCAUCAGACUCUCCGUCCUAGACCUUAGCAGCACUCGAAUCUUGGGACCGCUUCCGGAUCCUCUUAGCAACUUGGGUUUCCUCCAACAGCUCAACCUGAGUGGCAACAGUAUCGCAGAUUAUGCUGAUCCAAUCUCCGUCCUCACAACCCUCACCUACCUUGGCCUGUCGAACUGUGGUUUCAUGGUCCCCCCUUCCGACUCUCUCUCCAAGCUUGAGAACCUUGAGGCGUUCGAUUACAACAACAACGAAGUUCCUCUUACAGAGACUAUACCGCAGUUCCUCCUCGACUUCACGGGGCUUGCCUCUCU